UUUGUGGAUUGAAAGCGAGUUGUUUUGGAAGGUAAAGCGUAAACGUGCGGUCGAUUUGCUUCAGUGAUUCGGUUCGAAGUGCCGGUACAUACUGCUUUUUUGGCGUUGUUUAUACUAUAGUUUGUUGACAGUUAGGUGCGUGGCCAAUUCCAAUUUGCGUUAGGUAAUUGGCUGAGUUCGAAUAAAGCCAGCAAAAAUCGUCAAACUUGUCCGUCCGAUCGGAUUGAAUUGCGACGGUGCGGCGAUCGCAGUGCACCGGUCUUGAUGAAUCGUGAUCAAAAGUGCUGUAAACAAAACGGAUGGUAUACUUGAGCGAGGGAAUGGCAAAGAAGAAAUUAAAAAAUACCUAGAGAAAGGAGUGAGUGAAGCAAACAAGAAACGAAAGCCAAAUACUGUGUGGCUGACGAUCAUUUGUGUGUGCUGGCACGUGAAGGAAAAAGGGGUCCGAGCAGAGGGGAGAGCCGCAGUGGGAAACAAACAAGAAGAGGUUUCAGUUGGUGGUCGCGUACGGAUGGACGGACCUACGGACGAACGGAACACUGAAGGCGGCACUCCGAUGCACAUGGUCAGUCGGUUGCUGAUUUAUGGUAUUUAAUUACCGCGCGUAGAGAACUGGAAUCUCAUGAAACGUGACGUCGAGCUCCGUUGCUGGAAGAAAAAAAAAGUUUGUGCGGAUAAAGCGAGAGAAAAAAAUGUGCCUCUUCCCAUAUUAAGAGGACGGUUAAGAAAGCAAACGCAAGUUGGAAAAUCAAGAAGCGUGCAGAGUGUUAGUAAUAAAAAACGAUCAACAAGUGCUUUAUGGUGAAAGAAAUUCUGAUAUGUUCGAUACAAGUGCGUUGGAAAAGGGCUAAAAAAAUAAAGAAAGGUGCGCAAAGUGAAUUGUUGUGGCUAAUGAGAGCGAGCGAGGAGCGAUAGUGGUGUGGAAAGUGUAAAACGAGACCUUCAGGUUUAGUUAGUUACAAGUAGGUUGAGCGCGGUCAAGUUCGAGAAAGUCAGGCACGCGGAAAAGCGCACAAAGGCAGAGGAAAAAAGUAACAAAGUACGAUGAAAGAGAAAAGGCUGCACUUGUUUGUGGUCAGUGCAUUGCCAAAAAUGUCUGUCCCACUUUUGACCGGCAGCACCUUGCUGCUGGUGAUGCUUUUGAGCGUCUCGGUUGGUGCCGCUCAACGGCAGCCGGUUUACAUCAACAAGUGCUGCCGGGUUGGCGAAUAUUAUGACGACUCUCAGCAGCUGUGCGUGGUUGGUGGCAUCCAGAAGUGGGUACCGAAGGUGUUUUUGCCGGCAAGAAACCAAAUUUAUACCGACAUCGGCAACGCUCCGGUGCACAUGAAAUUCCUGGAGAACAAACGACCCGAAGGUUGUAAAGUCAGUGCCUACACGACGGACCAGAUUCUACUGAUGGGUAACGGGUCGCUGUUUCUCAGUCAGAAGCAUGCCCUAGUUUCCUCGCCCGAGUAUUGUGUCGAUGAGAAAGUGGCUUUAGUGUGCGCUCGUGACAAUGGAAUGGAUUCGCUGCAGGCACCGGAAAAAACCAGUACCGUAUGGCGGUGCUGUGGACCGUCCUUCGCUUACGACCGGGAAAACCAAACAUGCGUUAAGCUGAACCAGUCGCACGUCAGCUACGGCUCGAAGAUUGUCUCGUCAGCGCACGUGGACCUGAGCUUCCGGUUUCCGGACUGCAAAGAGCACGCCAUCGCCGGCAUCUUUAAGCCGGAUAAUCUCCAGGAAGACACCGGUUCGGUUACGAUUGACUCGGGCAAGAUUUUCGCUUCCCACGAGUACUGCCUGGAGCAAGCGCUGGACGGCAAGAUGGUGUAUGUGUUUUCCUGCGUGGAGCAUCUGCAGCCGGACUCGGUGCCGAUUAAGAAUCAGGAUGUACGGUUCGCCCUGUACUCGGCCGGUUUGCUGAUAUCGGUUAUCUUCUUGGCGGCCACGUUGGCCACCGGUUACCUGGUGACUUCGCAGCAUCACGUCCUGCACUGGCGCUGCCAGACGCACUACGUAACAUGUUUGCUGAUCGGCGAUCUGUUUCUGGCCAUCGUUCAGCUGUCCGGAAAUUCGAUCACUGGUCCAGCCUGCACAAUGAUAGCGAUUAUGAUGCACUUCUUCUUCCUGGCGGCGUUCUUCUGGCUAAACACGAUGUGUUUCAACAUCUGGUGGACUUUCCGUGAUUUACGCCCGACGUCCCUGGAGAAGAGCCAGGAAAUUUGUCGUCUGCGGAUUUACGAGGUGUACGCCUGGGGCGUGCCACUGGUGAUUGCUGGCGUGGCAGCGAUCCUGGACAGUCUCCCGGACACCGUCUAUCUGCGGCCUAGGUUUGGCGAACGAACCUGCUGGUUCUAUGGUGAUAUGGAAAUUCUGACCUACUUCUUCGGACCGGUUGGUAUUCUGCUGUGCAUCAACCUGCUGCUGUUCGCGUCGACUGCCCGUCAGCUGACCUGCGGUCUCUGGAAACGGGACGACGUCAAAUCCACUACCGAACGUCCAGCGAAAAAAUACCGCGGUCUGGUUUCUUCUCCCUCUUACAGUGCCGCCCUCGGUCGAGUCUGCAUGAAGCUGGUGGUGGUGAUGGGCGUCACCUGGGUCGCCGACGUGGCCUCCUGGGUGUUUGGCGGUCCCGAUUACAUCUGGCUGGUGACGGAUCUGAUCAACGCACUGCAAGGGGUCUUCAUUUUCAUUGUCGUCGGCUGUCAACCGCAGGUCUGGUCCGCGAUGAAGCGCCUGUGGAACUCGAAAACCGGCCGCAGCCUCACCAACACCACCCACGGGCCGCAGCACUCCAGCUCCUCGCACGGGCUGCCCUCGAUGGGUGAGUCCGUUACGAACAACACCUGCACGAACAAUACGACCACGACGACCAACUCCCAGAACCGGGUGCCCAUGGAAACGGUCUGCUAGAUUGGAUUGGAUUGUUUCGGACGAUCGCAGCAAACAACGACUAGCAGCCUGGAUGAGCAAAAAAAAUGUACUGCAAGGAUGGGAAGGAUUUGAACUGCACUAACCCUAAACUACAACAACAAAAAGAGGAUACCUAAGAUGUUUUUUUCUCCUUCUUUCUCUUCUGCUUCCUCUCCCGUGGUCCCGUGGGUUCGUCCUUCGGACGAACGCCAGGACUUGCUGACUGUAGGCUAUAGAAGGCUUUUUUCGAGAAAUUUAGAACGCAUUUACAGCAAAACUGCCACCACAUGAGUAUACAAUUCUAGAAAUGUAAGUAAGUACGUAAGUAAGUUGGUAACAGAGCAGAAAAAUGGCUACGCUAGGUAUUGUUUAAUCCACCCAGCAGAACUAGGAGGAGAUACUUUUCUUUUGACAAAUAACCAUUGUUGUUGCCUUUGAACAAAGAGAGAAAAAAAGCGAAACAAAACAAACGUUAAGCUAAAGUGAUUUAAGUUUAUGUAAAUAUUUAGUUGCCCUUGCUGAGUAAACAAAAACAAAAAACUUGCUUUUUUCUGUAUAUUUUGUAACUUAACUCUACUGUUUUCUGUGCUCGGGAAAACGAACAACAAAGUUUCGAAAGCCACAGAAAAAUUAGUUGAAAUAUAAUUUUAUUGUUUUGUUUGGUUCGGUAAGAUGUUGAACUUUUAACUAGUAAGCCACACCAUGUGUACACGUUUCAUUUUAAUUCAUCGCUAACUUCCUGUAAAUAUUGUAAUAUUUAUUCCCUAUGUUUCAAUUUGAGCGUAAGCCGCAAAGGCAACUGAACAAUUACAUUUAUAAUAAUAAUAAUAAUAUAGGCUAGCGCAAAAUACGUCCACUUAGCCGAAGCAAAACAAACUAACACGCAUAGACGGUAGACUGUCCAUAAACCGGUAGUUUACAGAUUUGUAUUUGCCAGCCCCUUUUUCGGGUGGCGCAGUUUGUAGUUCGAAACCUUUGAAACUAGAAAACAAUAAAGAUUUUGACGUGUUUUGGAGACCUUUUAAUCAGCAGUUAGUUCGAUUUUUUAGAUGUUUUACUCAGUAUAUUGUCGAAAUAUCUAACACAGUAUAUAGCGUAACUAAGAUAAAUACGGUAGAUCGCAGCAGGCGUUGUUGAAACAGUCCCACCGCACUCCGGUGAUAACUCUUGCACAACAAUCAGAGUCACAUUUAAUCCUCGUAACCGGUAAGAGGACACACAGAGUCAGAGGCAAAGUCUGUCGUAAACUGUAACUAAACACCACUUCCGAUUGCUAGUCUGAGCAAACAACACUCUAUUAGUAUGGUAAAUAUUACAAGCAGCUACCUACCUAUCACACUUUUCAUCUUGUUACUUCAUUACCAAUCAAAGAUCAAUCAGUAGAUCCAACUUCAUCAUUAAAACAAAUAUCAAAUUCAAUCACAAUUAAGCAGUUCAAACAGUUUGAUAAACGAUAGUGGAAAUUGUUCGCCAACCUACCGUACUCUAUAUUCGAACGAACGAACUAAAAAACAAGAAUUGGCAUACAAAUAACAGUAUUGGAAAAUUUAGCGCAACGUAUAGCGAAACUAAAUUUUCGCAUCGAUUACAAAGUAGAUAUUUAAUGAAACUCUCCUUUUAGAAUAUCGCGUAUAUUUAAACACAAACACACAACAUAUAUAUUUAAAGCUUCGCUAUCAAAGAACAAAAGCGGGAAAAGUGGAAGCCAAAAUUUCCAGCUAAUAAUAACACAUUUGUGAUUCUCUGUGAAUACUAACUGGUAAGACUACUAACAACAACCGCUAGUAGUAAGCAAGCAAGCAAGCAAAAACACAAGCGAAAGGAAUGCGCUAUGACUAACAUUUACUAGCUACUGUUUGGUGAAACAGUACAGCAACGAAGCUAAUAAUGAUAAUAACAAACAGUGCUUAGUGUAAGGCAGUAUAGACCAAAACCCUAGACGAAAACGAAGAAAAAACAAACGUUCUCGAAAAAAGUGAAGAAUAAAAUUAAAACACAAGUGAACGAUAAUAAACGAUUAACUUUCAUCAACUGUAAAAUAAACUAAUA